AUGAAAUCCCCGCAUCUUAUCAUCUUCCUCGUCAUCUUCUUCAUCAACGACUCGAUCGCAGCUGACCCUGCUACCAGCAUCAUCUUCACUACGCUCGGCCGAUCAAGGUAUGCAUUCGAUAUAUUCUCCCUCCCAAUUGACACGACCGGCACUGAAAUCCAACUUACCGAUGGCAACUCCGUCAAUUUCAAUGGCUACUUCGCCUCUUCCUUUAAUGGGAAUCCCAUAACUAAUCCUACCUUUGUUGACCCACAAUCCACCCACCUCGUCUAUGUCACUGAACGCAACGGAUCAUCCUCCAUCUAUCUGGACUCAAUUUAUCACUCUGGUGUGGACAGCACCAGAAAACGUUCGGUCCUUGAAGCUGAGUUAACUCGUUACCAACACCGUCUCGUGGGAGGCAGCGGCGGACGGAUUUCGAUGAAAGAUAGGCCGAGUCUGGUGGGUGAUUUCUUGGUAUACGUGUCGACUCAUGAGGAAACAGGUGUGGGUCGGACGAGUUGGGCUGCGGUUUACUCGACUCAGCUGUCAACCAAGGUAACUCGCCGGUUAACACCUCAAGGAGUAGCCGAUUUCAGCCCGGCUGUGUCUCCGUCGGGUUUGUGGACGGCGGUGGCUUCUUCCGGAGAAAAAGGUUGGGGUGGGGAGGUGCAGGAACUCGAUACGGAUAUAUAUGUUUUCUUGACUCAGGACGGGUCAAGACGAGUCAAGGUGGUGGAGCACGGUGGUUGGCCGAGUUGGUCAGACGAGUCAACAUUGUUCUUCCACCGGCAGAGUGAUGAUGGGGUGGUGGAGCAUUUAUAUCGCGAUUCUUCCAAAAAAUAA